UCAACCAUUCUGGGUGUAUGACUGUAUGUUUCUAUAAAAAGAGGCAAAAAAGUAUUUGCGGACAUCAGUUGACUACUUGACUUUGCUCGACAAGGUUCUUGUUAGCUUCAAUCCGACAUUUAUUAAUUAAUUUUAAACCGUUUUAAACACACGAUUUUUUAAAUUCCAUUUAACUUAAUAUUUAUUGUAUUGUCAUUUUAGAAAAAUCAAGCAAGAAAAAAUGAAGAUCACUUUGUUCUUUCUUUUGUGCUUCGUCUCGGCCACUUGGCAACACAACAUCUAUUGGUCCUACCCUCCAAGACGUGUUCCAUUGUAUUCCAUGUUCGACAAAAAUUUUCAAGAUAAUUUGCCAAUUCUCAUUCCUUCGGACCCAACUGAGCUGCAAUAUUCAAAAAGAUACGGCUACCGACAUCUCGAACAGGAUGACGUUGAACAACCCACCCUUGCUGAGAGGUCUUUGGGAAUAAGCAACAUUUACCAUAGGAUGAAAACCAAUUUAGAACCGAAAACCUUUGGCUUCAACAAUUACUUGGCCAGUUUGAUCUUGAAUUCGCUGACCGUCUCCACUACAAUCACUUCGGUCACUACUUCUACAUCUGUAAUUACUGCUGCCACUGUAGUUACUUGCUUUCUCGACGCUAUGUUCGAAAUGAAAACUGCCUGUCGACGCAAGAGAGAUGCAUUUUCGAGUCUGCUGAUUGGUGAUAGUGACCAUGAAUAUCUCAACAUACCUUUCAGCAGUGAAACUGCAGCGACAGGCGCAGGCGCGUUCGAAUUGCCAGAAGAAGGAAGAGACGCUGAUCCGGCACAAAUUAUAACCUCAUCUCAAAACGAAGAGGAAGUCCAUGUUCACGAAUCUGUUCUAAAACAAACCGAAUCAUCAGUCGACCGUUACAUCCGCGCCAAAAUCGAAAUUUCGUUAAUUCCGUCACGGUUACUUCGACUUUAACCACAUAUUCGGUCUCUUACUCAACUAUUACGAGUACUGUAAAGAAUCUUGUUGAUUAUGCAAAUGCUGAUACACCGUCAAAAUUGCUUUGUCUGCCAUCCGGAUUCAGCAUAUGCCCCGUUUAAGGUUUAUUUCGAAUUCUAUUUUGCCCUGACGUUAAACCUAUUUCUUACGAAGCUAACCACUCUAAGUUGAAAAAUGUUGACUGGCGUAAUCAUUACUUUUCGUAGAGCAAAAGCAUACUCGUAUUCUACUGUAAAUUGCUUAUAUAAUCAAAUACAGCACUGUUUCUGCAUUAAA